AAAGUUUUUGACAUAUUAUUAUUGGAGCAAAAUUUUAUUUUUGUUCAUUCUGUUAUAGUAUCUAGCGGUGGCUACCAACAAUUUGAAGAGAGAGAAAUUUUUAUUCUCCUAAUCAUUGUGGAACUAGAGUUAAAAUAAAUUCACUUACAAAUUUGGUCCACCUGAUAAUAAUAAUAACAAAUUUAUGUAGAGUACAAAUAUUUAAUACUUGGCAGGUAUUUGUUAAUAUGUAUUCAGAGAGCAAUAAUUCAUUACAAUAGUUUACUCUAAAUCACUUCUCAAACAUAAAAUUGGGUAAAGGAGAAUUAUGUCGCUCAAUAUUUGCUCUUCUACUUGUAACUAUUUUCAAGAGUGACUGUUUCUAGAUAAGUAAUAUAUUAUUAUGUACAUUUUUUUCGUUUAUCGGGAUUUUUUUCCACUUGUGUGCAAUUUUCGAUAAAGAAACACUUUGGUGUCGACAUUGGCCUAGCUUACUUGGGAAGGUGAAGUGAUUUUUCGAAUAAUUUUAUCAUGGGGGACACAAAAAAGCAAUACUUCACCAACUUCAUGGCCGAACUAAUCGGUACAGCUCUGCUCAUGUUCCUAGGCUGUAUGGGAUGCGCACCCCAAGCUGAUAAUCCACCUGCAGUACAUCACAUGUCAUCUUUUUCCUUUGGUUUGGUUGUUUUGCUUAUUAUUCAGACUUUCGGCCACAUUUCAGGGGCCCAUCUCAAUCCUGCCGUAACAAUCAGUACUGUGAUAUUCAGAAUGCUAUCACCGGCAAUGGGGGCCGUGUAUAUUGCCGCUCAGUUUAUUGGUGCUAUUUUUGGAUUUGCCUUAUUACGAGUAUUGAUGCCUCAAGAAUGGGUUGUUCCUGGAUUCUGUGCCACCAAACCUCACGAACAAUCCACCCCGAUGCAAGCUUUAGCUAUAGAAUCGAUAAUCACUUGUGUGCUUAUCCUAGUGUGUUGCGGAGUGUGGGAUAAAAGGAAUGAAGCUAAACAGGAUUCGACUCCUGCUAGAUUUGGGUUGAUUGUUGCCGCUAUUUCUAUGGUUGCAGGACCAAUAACUGGCGCCAGCAUGAAUACCGCUCGGUCUUUUGCUCCAGCUGUUUUGGAGUAUGAUUUCACUAAUCAGUGGAUUUAUUGGAUCGGUCCUAAUGUAGGCGCAGUUCUCGGUUGUGGCAUCUAUGCGCUGCUCUUCACUUACGAAGAGCCAGAACAAGACGAUAAUGAUGUUGAAUUGGAAGAAAUAAAUCAAAUGAUCACGACAAAAGCAUGAUAAUUUAGUUUUGGGAAAGUCCCAUGUAUUAAAUUGCACUGGGGGCAACAAUUAAAAAUAUAUACCUAUAUUACUUUUGUAUGACGAGCAGAAAAGUAAUGCCAGAUAUUAUUGUGCUUCUAUUUUAUUUUUUUAAAUAUUGUAUAUUUCUUAUAGUUCCUGUAUCUUUUAGUUUUUAAGCCUAUAUCGACCCAACACAGAAGCUACGUGAUAUAAUUUAAUAUUUCUAUUUACUACAACUUCUAAUAGAAUCUAUAGAUAAUUGAUAUCUAAUAACAAUUCGGAUUUACAGGGUGUUAAUGUUUUUGAUAAUAAUUGUUCGAUAUUUUUUGUAUGACUUUAGUAUUAUACAAACAGAAAUGUAUAAUUUAAGUGAAUGCAAAUGAUGUGCUGUAAAUUGUUUUUUUAUGGUAAUUAAACACAUUUUAAUUUUGUAU